CCCGAAUCUUGGCCAUUGUAAGCGGUCGGCUGGUCGGCAGUUUUGGCAAUUACAUUUGAUUAUACGAGCCGGUGGCAGUCACCGGAGCCGACGGAGCUAGAAUCUCUGGGCUAUCUGCCGCUCUGCAGCUGGGAUCUGCGGCGUAUAAAUAGCCGAGGCGGCCUGCAGUCGGAAAACAGUGAGUGCACGGCAGCUGCGGAGAUGCAAUCGACUACUCGGACUCGGAUCGGCCUUCUGGCGGUGCUGCUGGGCGUGAUCGUGGCCCAGGCCAAGCCCCACGGCUGGGGCGGCAGCGGCGGAGGCGGCGGUGGCGGCAGCAAGGUCAUCAUUAGUGCCUGGCCCUCGAGCGGCGGCUGGUCCUCCGGAGGAAGCAGCGGCGGCGGAGGCUGGAAGAGUGGCGGCGGCGGAGGAGGCGGCUGGUCAUCAGGAGGUGGCGGAGGAGGAGGCUGGAAGAGCGGCGGCGGCGGCGGUGGUUGGUCCUCGGGAGGCUCAUCCGGCUGGUCCCUGGGCGGCGGAUCCUCCGGCUGGCCCAGUUCCGGCGGCUCGGGAUGGAAGUCCGGUGGUGGUGGAGGUGGCUCCUCCGGCUGGUCCAGCGCCCUGUCGAGUCUCUCCGGCUGGAAGUCCCAGGCCCUGUCCAGCCUGAGCGGCGGUGGCGGCGGAGGAUGGAAGAGCGGGGGCGGCGGCGGAGGAUGGAAGAGCGGAGGCGGCGGCGGUGGCUGGUCCUCGGGAGGAGGCUCCUCGGCCUCCGUCUGGCCCGCCAAGAUCAGCAGUGGCUGGUCCUCGGGCGGCGGCGGUGGCAGCGGCUGGAAGAGCGGCGGCGGGGGCGGCUCCGGCUGGUCCUCGGGAGGCGGCAGCUCCGGCUGGAGCUGGUAAGGCACCCCAUCCGGAAUACUCACUGGAGAUCCACUGGCAACGAGGCGACACUAGACACUGAUCAGUUGUACAUAACAUUUCUCUGCCCUAAUCUUAACAAUCCUGUAUAUUUUUUUUUUGUGUGAAUAAAUUUUUACGAGAAUGUAA